UGCCCAGGCCUGCCCGGGCCCGGGAGCAUGAAUCCCAGCACAUAUUCUUCAUCUGGUGUCCUCGACGCUGGCGGCCUCGCUCCCCGCCUCCUGGAGCCCAGACUUACAGGCACCGCCCUCGGUGUCGCCUCAGUCCGUCCCGGGACUGCAGACUCUUAGGGCCCCUCUUCCCUGUCCAUCUGCCUCUCGGUCCCAGCCUAGGGCCUGAAAGCGCUUGCUCUUUGCGCUGGGAAAAGGGGAACGCAGCACCCAAGCUCAUCCUGUCCAAGUCUGAUAGUCACUGGAGCUACCAGAAGCACCAUGGGGCCCUGGGGAGAGCCCGAACUCCUGGUGUGGCGCCCAGAGGCGAUAGCUUCAGAGCCUCCAGUGCUUGUGGGGCUGGAGGUGAAGUUGGGGGCCCUGGUGCUGCUGCUGGUGCUCACCCUUCUCUGCAGCCUGGUGCCCAUCUGUGUGCUGCACAGGCCUGGAGCUAACCAUGAAGCCUCAGCUUCCCGCCAGAAAGCCCUGAGCUUAGUAAGCUGUUUUGCGGGGGGCGUCUUUUUGGCCACCUGUCUCCUGGACCUGCUGCCUGACUACCUGGCUGCUAUAGAUGAGGCCCUGGCAGCCUUGCACGUGACGCUCCAGUUCCCGCUGCAAGAGUUCAUCCUGGCCAUGGGCUUCUUCCUGGUCCUGGUGAUGGAGCAGAUCACAUUGGCUUACAAGGAGCAGUCAGGGCCGCCACCUCUGGAGGAAACCAGGGCUCUGCUGGGAACAGUGAACGGUGGGCCGCAGCAUUGGCAUGAUGGGCCAGGGGUUCCACAGGCGAGUGGAGCCCCAGCAACCCCCUCAGCCUUGCAUGCCUGUGUACUGGUCUUCUCCCUGGCCCUCCACUCUGUGUUUGAGGGGCUGGCAGUAGGGCUGCAGCGAGACCGGGCUCGGGCCAUGGAGCUGUGCCUGGCUUUGCUGCUCCACAAGGGGAUCCUGGCUGUCAGUCUGUCCCUGCGGCUGCUGCAGAGCCACCUUAGGGCACAGGUGGUGGCUGGCUGUGGGAUCCUCUUCUCAUGCAUGACACCUCUAGGCAUCGGGCUGGGUGCAGCUCUGGCAGAGUCGGCAGGACCUCUGUACCAGCUGGCCCAGUCUGUGCUAGAGGGCAUGGCGGCUGGCACCUUUCUCUAUAUCACCUUUCUAGAAAUCCUGCCCCAGGAGCUGGCCAGUUCUGAGCAAAGGAUCCUCAAGGUCAUUCUGCUUCUAGCAGGCUUUGCCCUGCUCACUGGCCUGCUCUUCAUCCAAAUCUAGGGGGCUUCAAGAGAGGGGCAGGGGAGAUUGAUGAUCACGCGCCCCUGUUCUCCCUUCCCUCCCCCAGUGUGUGGGGAGUAGGAAGGAAUGGGGAAGGGAAGUACUGAGGACCAAAAAGUUCUCUGGGAGCUAAAGAUAGAGCCUUUGGGGCUAUCUGAUUAAUGAGAGGGAAGUGGGCAGACAAGAGGCUGGCCCCAGUCCCAAGGAACAAGAGAUGGUCAAGUCGGUAGAGACAUGAUCAGGGGACAUUAGGAUUGGGGAAGACACUUGACUGCUAGAAUCAGAGGUUGGACACUAUACAUAAGGACAGGCUGACAUGGGAGGCUGGAGAUGGGCACCAGCUGCUGUGGGACGGGGGUAUGGAGGGGUCAUAAACUUAGAGUCAGUGUCCUGUCGGUCCUAGCUCAUUUCAACACCCUGCCACUUGGAGUGGAACCCUCCUACUUUUCUUAGCUCCUACCCUCAUAUCUAUCUCCCUCUUCCC